UAAAGUGGUCGCGUGCUUGCAAGCUCAGUCACUCUGCUGCUGAAGCACCGAUCCUCGCAGCUGCUCACGAAAAGCAACCGCUGUCACUGACAACCCUCGGAUCGCAUCUCGAUUUUCCGCAACUCCUUCGACGAGGACGGAAAUAUGUCGUCGUUACGAAUUGCUGUAUUCAUGGCUGUAGUCCUGGUGGUCUUAGUCGACUGGUCAACAGCCCUUCCAGUUGCUGACAAGGAGAGACUCUUAAACGAGGUAGACUUGGUGGACGACGAUGGGAGCAUCGAGACUGCUCUGAUCAAUUACCUGUUCACGAAGCAGAUCGUAAAACGGCUUCGAAACCAACUGGACAUCGGUGAUCUUCAACGUAAACGUAGCUACUGGAAACAGUGCGCCUUCAAUGCUGUCUCCUGCUUCGGCAAAUAGAACGUCCAAUUAGCCAGAGGACCGCCAUCGUGCUUUCUUCUUUCUCUGUCUAUCCCUUCUUUGUCUGGCGCUAGCUUUUUAAACAGUUGAGUACAGCUCGACGAAUACAGAUGUGGCUCUAGUCGCAAAUUUGCAUCCGUGCAUAUUCCCGUUCAUACUUGUCGAUAGCGAGAUACUAAUUACAUUAUAAGUAUCAAAUUAUUUAAUCCUACGAUCACAAAUGGAAGGUUAACACGAAUGUUAAUUAUCAAAUUUACUUUCGUUCGUUAUAAUUUAAGAACGGAAAAGCAUCCGGAAGAAAAUGUAGUGGUUGCAAAUCAGCACGGACCCCCAUUUUCCGCAAUACAUUAUACUUAAUAUUAAGAAAACAGUAGAUUAGCGAUAUACGUAUCGAGAUUAUGCGUUUUCAUGAUAUAAUAUU